GCCUCCUCCUCCUCCUCCUCCUCCUCCUCCUCAGCAACAGUGCCUACCCUACUAAGAGGCUGUUUGCAACAGGAGCAGAAAGCCAUCUUUGCUAGCAGCUGAGAGGGCGAGCGAGGAAGCCGAGGCUGAGAUUAUUCCUGACCAAGAAGCAAUGUCAGCACCAAUGCCUUCCCAAGGUGCUGGAGGUGCCUCCAGUCCAGGAGCAGGAGGGGCUCCUCCUCAGACCAAUGUGACCAGCAACCGGAGACUGCAGCAGACACAGGCCCAAGUGAAUGAGGUGGUGGACAUAAUGCGUGUCAAUGUGGACAAAGUACUAGAAAGAGACCAGAAGCUUUCAGAGCUCGAUAAUCGUGCAGAUGCCUUGCAAGCUGGAGCGUCACAAUUUGAAACCAGUGCAGCUAAGCUGAAGAGGAAAUACUGGUGGAAAAACUGCAAGAUGAUGAUCAUCUUGGGUGUUGUAUGUGCAGUCAUUCUUAUCAUAAUUAUAAUUUAUUUCUCCACCUAAAAUACUGGUGACACAUGGGUUCGCAUGUCUUUGUUCAUUCUGACCUGUUUUCUGAUAAUCCUCCUCAUGAAACCUGCAUUUUGAUUCCUCGUGUCUUGGAGCUCUUACCUGGCAACAAUGUGUAAGAAUUUAAUAUAGUGUUGCUGUUGUUUUGCUUUAUGUUUUUUAGUAUUACAUUGUUCCUAUAAGAAAUCGUUCCAGCUAAAUACUGCCAAUAUUGGUUUCUCACUGUGUCUUAAAAUGUGCCCAUGCUGACCUUCAAAAACUGUCAAAAACAAAUUAAUGUUUCUGAGAUAAAAAGAGGAGUCACAA